AAAAAAAAGAAAAAGAGAAAAACAAGUUCGACGGUUCGACCUAAUGGCAGAUUCUAAGCAAUUGUUCAAACAACGUUCCUGGUCACCUGACAUCCAACGGGACAUCGAGUGGCAAAAGCUUAAGAUCAAACAACAACGUCGUUACCAACACCGUCGUAGUAAAAGUAUUGAUGCUUCUACUAACGUUGACGUUACGGAUGAUGAUGUAAAGGAGCUCAAAGCAUGUUUUGAUUUGGGUUUUAGUUUUGAUACUUGUGACAAUUUGGACCCGAAACUAACACAAGUUUUCCCUGCUUUGGAGUUAUACGCCGCUGUUAACCGGCAAUAUAAUAGUAGAAUCUUGUCACGAUCUUCUUCAUUAAGUUCUGAUUCUUCUUCAAGUUCUUCGAGUGUUACUACCACAAUCAUUGAUCCAAAUGAUGAUCUUCUAAAAAGGAAGAUGAAAUUGAGACAAUGGGCGCGAUUGGUUUCAUGUUCCAUAUUAGAAACUUGUUCGCGUAAUGGGAAGGAUAUCAUCAAAGCGGAAACGGCAACAUCACCACUCAAACGGGAUGAAGAAACGGAAAGCUAAAUAUGAAUCAAAAGCCACUUGAGUUGAUGUUGCAAAAUUAGGGGGAUCGGUACAUAUAGAUUUCAUGUAUAUACAGAUUGGAUUGUGAUAUAACUCUUUAGCAAUAUUUGAUCCUUAUCAGUAAGAUGUACAUAUUUAUUGUUAUUGUAUCGAUCAAUGUCUUCCAUAAAAGAAAGUAAGGAAUGAACAUCAGAUUCUAACUAAUCCGAUGG